UGGUCAGUCUUCGGUUCUGCUGCCUUUGGAAAGGUCUUUAGCAUCGCGUACCCGGCAGGUUAGCUUUGCGGUGCUGAUACUGAAAAAGCGAGGAGGUAUUUUAAAGAUGUCGCAGAAUCGUAACUAUCGCCGGAAUGAUAGGCAGUCUUACCAGAUGAAUGCCCCAGGUGGUGGCUUUGGUGGUAACCGACCAUCCCAAAUGAAUGUAAAUCCAUGGGAAGGUGGUCUUGUACCUGGGAACCCAAGGGGAGGUGGCGGCUUAGCAGGACUGCUGCCAACUCCAACACAACAAUCAAGCCUUGUUUCACAGUUAUCUUCAACAGAAGCUCAGCUUGCUAUUGCUAGCAAUCUGCUCACAACACUUCUUAGACCACAGCAACCAGCACAACCACAGGUUCCUCCAUUGUUAAGUCUUGGCACUUUGGGUCAACUUGGUAAUAUAGGCCAAGGCUUCAGGCAGCAACAGCAAUUUGGUUCAGCUCCAGGUAGAUUUCAGGACAACAGAAGACGACGGCUUGAUUCUCGCAGGACUGAACCGUACAAUAAGAACGCACAGGGCCGUCGCUCCACCCCUUCGAAGGGUGGCCCCGAGCGCAAGCCGGGAGCUCAAGGGUUUCGCAGUCCUGUAAGGAAGUCCCGGCCAGGUGCGGGCAGCAAGCUUGGGGGUAAAGCUGAUGACAAAGAGCAUAAGGAUAAAGAGGAGGAGGAUAAGACAAAUGGAGAUGUGCAAAAAGCAGAUGAAGAGGAUGGGAAAAGGGAGGAAGGUGAAGGAGGUGAUGAUAAGAAGAGAGAUUGGAAAGAGGAAAGGAAACCAGAAGAUGGAGAAAUUGUGGAAGAAGAAGACAAAGGUGAUGGUGAAACUGAAGAGGAACGAGAAGACGAUGAUGAUGAGGAAAAAGGAAAUAGAUACAGUGGUAUACCAAAUGCUCUCUUCUUCUGUCAUGUGUGCAAGAAGCAUAUGUGGGAUGGUAAUUCCUUUGAAAGCCACUUGAAGGGCAGGACACACCAACUGAUGAUGGAUAAGUUAGAGGAAAGCAAUAAAAUAAAGGUGGAGUUAAUGAGACAUAAAUUAAAAGUUGCUGAACAACAACGUGAAAUAGAAAUGGAACGCAUGAAACGACAGGGAAAGAAAGUUCACAUGAAAACUAGAGAAUAUUGUACAAUGUGUGAUCUACAUUUCUAUGGUCACCUAAUGGUUCAUCGCCGCAAUGAGAGACAUCAGCAACUUAAAAAAUUUCUCCAUCCACGAUGUCAUCUGUGCAAAAAGGAGUUUCCUACCAGGAUUGAAUGGGACCAUCACCGCUUGACGCCACUUCAUCUCAAGAAAUCUGCAGAAGCUCGUAAACAUCGUAAAGAUGGCUCAGAUGAUGACUUUUUGCCAGAGGAGCUUGACUCUGACACUGGUAGCUUAGAUGACGAUUUCAAGAGGAAAGAUAUUAAGGUUAGAACUCGUGAAGAGGAGGAAGAGGAUAUAAAAGAGGUUGAUAAGAAUAAGGAAGAAGGUGAUAAGGAUGAAAAGGGAGAGGGAAAACAAAAAGAGGGUGCAGAAGAUCCCACACCAAUUGAUGAAUUAUCAGAAUUGUCUUUCAGCAAUCUGCGGACACGAAUACCAAAAUAUAAUCCUGAUGUUCCAAUUGGUCAGAGUGCACUCAAGAAACUAACAGGAAUAAAGUGCCGUGCUUGCUAUCGUUUCUUCUUGAAUGACGAUGAUGCAAAAAUUCAUUGCCGCACAUUGACUCAUUACAAUAAUUAUGUUACUAUGUUGAAAACAAAGGCAAGAGUUGUUGAAGCCAGAGAGAGGAGAGAGGCUAUGGCAGAAGAAGCCAAGAAGAAGGCAGAAGCUAAGGAAAAAGCAGAAAAGCAAGGCAAACGUACAAAUGAAGAUGAGACUACAACCUAUGAAGAAGGUAAUGUGAAGCGCCGUAAAGUGAUUAAAGAAGAGGAAGAUGGUGAGGCUGGAAAGGGGGAUGGGCAAGAAGAGGAAAAAGAUGGUGAAAAUGAAGAAGAAUCAAUGGAUACUUCUGAAGCUGAUGAAAAGAAGUUGUUACCAGGAGAGGAGAAGUAUGAUCCUCUAGAAGCAGAUGCGGAGGGAUCCCCUGAAGGUGGAGAGGAAGAUGAUGAGGGUGCCGAAGGAGCUGAAGGUAAAGUUAAGCAAGAAAAUGAAGAAGAUAAUAUUUGGGCUGAAGUAGACCAUGAUAUUGGUACACUUCUUGAUACUGUAGAAGGAGAAGCCGAAGGAGAAAGCGGAGCAGAGGUUACAGAAGAUGAUUCAGCUGCUUCAUCAAAGGCUGAAGGAGCAGGUGCAAAAGGAAAGCCGGGUACAAGAAAAGCAGCUGCAGGUGGGUCACCAGCAGCUGCUACACCUACAGGUGGUACAGCUGGGUCACCUGCUGCAGGAACACGUGGCAGUGGGGCUGCCAUAAGAGGUGGACGUGGUCGUAAGCGCACCAAAUAAGACUGAAUUCCUCACUGACUAAUACAAACAAAUGUGUUUGCUUGACUGCACCAUCUUUUCAAAGACGGCAAUAUUCACCUUCAACACAGUUACUUAUUAGACUAAUGAUUUUUUCAUGAUAUAUGUAUGUUUAAGUAUUUGUGAUGUGUGGGCCAUUCCUUCUGCCUUAGACAUGUGAAAACAUGACCAUUAGGUAGAGUUGUAAUGCUGUUAUUUCACUGGGGCCUUCCGUAUAUACAUUUCCCAGUUGUCAGUAGUGUGUAGCUUGUUUCUUGAUGCAUAAACCAGAAUCAAUUUUAGAAUUAAUGUAACUCUUGAGCUUCUGACUAAAUUUGUGAAUGUAGUAAUCAGUUUGUAAGACCGUGUUGUAAAUUUUCUUUCUGGCUUUUAUCGCUUUGUAUUCCAUAAACAAUGCCCUUUUUAUUUGCCAUCUUGAGGAAAGAGAGUGGCAUUUGUGUAAGUGUCGUUCCUUCAGUUUUCUAUUGUAAUGUUAAUGUAGGCUAUUAAAUAAAAGACUACAUAUGUGACCAUAA